AUGAGCCAUUCUCUACCGCCCAUACCCAUGGACUUCCGCUUCCUUGAUCUACCCGCCGACAUCAGACUCAUGGUUUACGAGUUCCUACCGACAUGUCUCACGCACAACGAGAUCACCAUCGAGACGGACAAUGAGAGCGGACUUCUUAAGACGAAAACCACGAAAGUCAAGCUCAUUAACAUUUGGUAUCCUACUACUGUACGCCUUAUCUCCAAGAUCAUCCGAGAAGAAGCUACACCAAUCAUUGCGCGCACUGCGGCAAAGCGCAAUAGCGCACUAGUAGUCGACGGCUUCUCAGUAUGA